CAAACCGAAGUUCGGGUGCUCUGAUGCAGCGAAGCCGCCUGACAGCAGCGCAGUGGCUGCAAGCAGGUGCUGAGGUCUCAUUGCAGGACUGCGGCCGCAGCUCGGGCUACAAGCUAUCAAACUUCUCUUCUGACAGAACUGUUCAUUGCAGCGCCGCAAAGACGAACAAACCCAAACGGAUCCGCUCUCCUCGGGGCCCCGCGCUGAACUGCCCACGGCCUUCGUCACCUCCCGCCCCGCCUUCCCACUCAAUCAAGCACCGAGCGGAGGAUUGCGGCAGGGACCGAUUCUCUCGGCACUGCUAUUACCGCCUUCCGGUUCUCCUGUCGACUGGGGUUGUACUCGGCUGCCAGUACCCCACGGGGAGGAGUAGGGGAGGCCCAGGUCUCAGUUGUCUGCACUCCUCCGGCGGAGGCGGCUGGUCCGCUGUCCGGCGUUUUGUGUUCGUAUUCCAGGGCGGGCAGCGAGGGGCUAUGGAGCGCGUCUUUACACCGCUGGACUGCCUCCUGCCCGCCGGAAACUUGAAGUUUUGCCUUCUGAUUCUGAACCAGCCUUUCAACAGAGGUCAUUUUCAUUGUCUGUGGAGCAAAGCUGCACUGAGAGCUUGUGCUGAUGGAGGUGCUAAUCAUCUCUACCACAUCACAGAAGGACGUCAGGACAGCUUCUUGCCUGAUUACAUCAGUGGUGACUUCGAUUCCAUCCAGUCUGAAGUCAAGACGUACUACGAGGUUAAGGGAUGUGAGUUAAUUGAGACCAUGGAUCAAGACUUCACAGACUUCACCAAGUGCCUUCAGAUACUCCAGAAGAAGAUAGAAGAGAAGGGCCUCCAGAUUGAUUUGAUUGUGACUUUGGGUGGACUUGGAGGACGCUUUGACCAAACAAUGGCAUCAGUGGAAACGCUUUUUCAUGCAACAGAUAUCACUCCUUUUCCAGUGAUAGUUAUCCAGGAGAGCUCGCUGAUUUACCUGCUCCAACCAGGCAAGCACAAGCUGCAGGUGAACACAGGACUGGAAGGUUCCUGGUGCGGCCUCAUCCCAAUUGGGAGCUCCUGUGACAGCGUGACCACAACUGGUCUCAGGUGGAACCUUGGACUUCAGCUUUCCAUGCUAGUGUUCCAGAACCUAAAAGUCUGCUGGAGAUAGGCUGAAGUGGAUCAUCUCUGUUGAGCAUGUUCUGUCAUCAGAAGGAAAGAGAGACUUAAAACUUUUGAGUUCCUCGUAUUUCUAGUGGAAGGAGAUUUCUCUGGGUGUUACCUUUUGUUUUAAUACAUAAAGAGCUGAUGGAAUCAAUUACAGCUUUUUCUUCUCUUUUCAGACCCGAAAUAAGAAAGCACAAAAGUAGCAGCAACUUUUGCCCAGUUUGUUGCAACAUAGUUAUAUCACUCAAUGAAGAUUGCAGUUGGCUCAGCAAUGCAAGAGAGAAGGCUCAUAAAUAUGCAUGAGGAGUGCCCAUAUCAACAGGAGGCAGACAGGGCUAGGCUCUGGGGGUUAUACUCUCAUUACAUUUCCUGUUUAUACGAUGCGAAGGGGAAUAGACUGGCAGAGUCCUAAACUUACUGUAUUCUGUUUGGGGAAGAUUAGGUUUUGAAGAAAAAUGACUGGUAGUCUCCAGGGUACUAUUUAUGUCAUCAUAAAUUUGUGUUAGCUGAUUUUAUGAUUAUUAUUCUAAAAACCAGCAGCCCUUAUCUCUGCCACUGCACUCAUGCUAUGGUUAUGAGGAAUCUUUUCUUCUCCCUUCUGCUCCUUCACACAAUACCCUGACUUAACUCAUUUUUCCUUUCCUCUCUCCCUACGUCUAUCUGUCAAUCACUGUCACAUUGCUUUAUGUCACAUACAUCAAGGAGAGCAGCAUUUUCCACCAAGUGAGCCAAUUCUAAAGCUACCUUCCCAGAGGCUAUACAGAUUGCGUGAGCUGGAGGAGCUCAGGAACGAGCAAACUGGACAAUAAUGAGGCUCCCAGAGCUGCUUCCAACUGGCAGUGUCUCAUGCAUGUGUUCACACUGCACUGCAUAUAGUGCACGCCUCUGGGGCCAGGACUGUGUCCAUCAGCCCAGCAAACAGAGCUCCUCUCCUCACCAUUAAUAGCAGCCGGAGGAAGGAAGUGGCUCAUAGCCUACAUCAAUGAUACUGCCCAGUCUAUCUUCUCCAAGUUACAGGAGCUGCCUCUGCACUGUGCUCAGCAUUUGCUGCCUUUUGAAGUUGGUGAUUCAAGGGAGGGAACAGUAUUCUGAACAGUUUACCUGUGAGCAGCAGGUUAGCCAGCAAACUGCAUGCAGUGAAUUUAGAGUGUUGUAGCAAGGUAGGCUUCUCCAAGGGACUUUUCUUCUGUUGUUAGAUCUCCAUCAGUGUCCCUCCUCUCUCCCAAAAUGGCAGGUUUGAGCACAGCUUUUCUACACUCAGCUGUUGAACAGUGAGGGUUUUUCAGUUCCACAGCAUUGUUUGUAAGCCCUCAUCCUGCUUCCAGUAUAGAGUGCGCAUGUCUGUGUAUGUGGCCUCUGUAGGGAACCCUUUUGUGGCUGACUGACAUCAGGUUUACGUGAGUAAGUGCUUUCUGCCUCCGCAAGAGUUCUGUGCUUUGCCCAAGAACCCUGUGACUAUUUAUGGGUACCUUUUCAAAGCAGUGAGCAGAGAUUUAUCUGCCUGGCCAGUGGUGGUGCUAGAAGUCAUAUAGCUACCACGGCUUUUAGUCUUGACACUUUAUUGAUCCCUUUACUACUUACAUACCUGUAAAUGACCCCUGUACUUCAAAAUCUGUAUCAUCAAGAUCUCAUUCUUGCUUGUGACACAAUACAUCUUGCCACACACAGGCUUCUGUGCUGCAGAACUUCUCUGUCAUUUCUAUACAGAACUUGCACAAAUUCUCCACUUCUCCCUAGAAAUGUUGAUGUUUCACCUGGUGUUUUCCAAACCUACCCUCCAAUAAAGCUCUUAUCAGACUUUCCUCCUGCCUGAUGUAGAGCACCACUGCAAAUCGUUGCCAUUGGUCUCAUAAGGUCUGCAUUGCAGUGGGCUUGUAUGUGAUAUCAUUUUGAUUAUUCUUAAAAGAAGACUGCCUCUUACUAGAAGAGCUGUGCUGCUUACUCCAUAGUAGCUGAGCCUUUCGGUAGUUGAACAUGCAUUUAGUUACAAAACAGAUAUAUCACUUUCAGUGAUCACCAAGCCUGAUGUGCCCAAAGCUUGCCUGAGACAAACUUUGGUUUUUGAGAAUUUUCUUGGAGAUAUGCUGGGUGUUCUGAUAUCACUGGGUGUUUUGUAGUGAUCUGUAUGCUCCUUAAGUUAUGGUACUAAGAGGAAUAUGAGCCUAUCUCCACAACUUCCAAGAGGUGAAAUGGAGUUGUAAGUCUCCCUUGCUUUGAGACUUCUCCAUUUGGAUAAUUAUGGAAAGCAUCUAUUCUGAUUAGAAUAUCCCAGGACUGAUCUUGAAAUGUGUCAGUAUAUUCUUGGGUAUUUCUGCUUUCAUCAUAAGUGAAUAAGGAGGUAUCAGAGAUAUUUUUAUUUGCAUGCUGUAGAAUAUUUAGUAUACGAGACUGUAGAACUCAGAUGAAAAGAUUAGAUCUAUAUUGCAUUUUUACUAUGAGCACAAGUGAUAGUAAGAUCCAUCUUUUAAUGCAUUCUGCAGCAAACUUGUUGAAACUAUUGACUUGAAACUCCUUAGCAUUAGUUUAAGGAAUGCUUAUAUUUGGAAAUAGUUAUGUGCUUUAUUAUUGUUCUGCCUUGUUUGCAUGUAAAAAUUCAUGUUGUCAGGAUUCUUUUCAAUUUUAAGCAAACAUACCUAGCUAAAGCAGGUUUCAAAGUAAUAUGAGAAAUAAACCAUUACACCUAUGACUCUCCUCAGAAGUAAUUGCUCUUGCUCCAUCCUCAGGGUGAUAUUAUCCAUGUCUAUUUUUUUUUUCCUGAAGAAAGCAAACAGGUCUAAAAUUCUAAGUAAUCCACAGCAACUGUAGGCGCUAAAAUAACCUCAUUUCAGAAACCUCCUACAGAUCCCACUCAAUGCAUUGAGGGGAAGCAGUGCUGCCAGGAAGGUAAAGAAAAGUGGAAUCACUUUUCUAUCAGAAGUAUAAUAGAGUUUAUUGGUUGGUCACCUGUGCUCAGAAUAGCUCAGCUUUCAGGGAGAAGGAGCAGCUGAACAUGUGCCUUGUGAGCUGUCAAUGGCCAAUCAGGGUAGGUUUUGAAAUAGUAAUUACCCACUCCCACGGAAAUGUUUCAGAGAAAGGCAUAGCUGCUUUAUUUACGGUGCCUUUUGUGCAUAAGGAUGAAGACUCUUAUUUGUUCUUUUCAUUUUUCCAGGUAAAUGUAAUAUCAUGUUUCCAUAAAACCCUUUUAGGAAACAGUGCCAUUCACCAUUAAAGCUUGCAUAAUUAAAUUGUUUGUCAGGGAUUUAAUUUGAUGCGAGUCAUUUAUUUGCAGUGUAGUGCCAGGAUCCAAGAGAAGCUGCUUCUUGCACUGAACACCAGGCUGCCGCUGAUCCCGCUGUGCCCCACUGCCCUGGGGCUCCCGGAGGUGGUAAACCAUGUGUACCCUCCUUCUGCACAUGCCCACUGUGAGGAGGUAGGGGCAGCAGCUCAGCAAGCUCCCUGAGCACCAGGCCCACCACUGUGCUGCAGCUCACAGGGGUCACUUUGCCCUCGCUACCAUGGAGUUGCCACCUGGCAGUGCCACAGUUGCUGGUUCUAGCAACUGCUGUAGGCUGCUUGGUUUCCUGCCUCUCCAAAAAAGACCGAUCCUGUACAAAGCUUGGUCAAAUAUAAUUCAGUGUGUUUCUGGCACUGUAGAGUGUCAGGGUGUAAGGGUGAGAAGCCAGCCUGCUCAGAUUUGUUUGUCAGGUCUGGCAGAGGACCAGCCCCAGAUCAGCUCUCCCAGGCAUGGCACAUCCCCACCAUGGACAGAGGAGGCAGAACAGCACCUGGUCUGGCAACAGAGAUGCUGGGACUCUCCAAGCACUGGUAGUCUCGGAGGAGCUGGCUGAGAAUGCUGUGCAGUGCUCGGACCUUGCGCUGAGCUGCUUUGGGGAGGAUCCUCACACAGACCAGUGUGUCAGUAUUUUCUGAGCAAAUACCCACAUAGCUUGUGGCAGCCACAUGCCCGGUUUGGGCAUUUCUGUACAGGAGCAAUUCCUGUAUCUGUACAAACAUCUUUAUAAGUGGUGGGACAACAGUGCCACAUGGAAGCUGACUGUACAUCAUGCAUGUUUUAAAAUCCUCUCUAACCGCCUGUUCUUGAUUAAUGGAUCUAAAUGUGACCAGAUUUAUCAGGCUUCCAAAGAAUAAAAGAGAUAAACAACUAA